AUGGACUCGGGGAGGAUUUGUUUGAUGAACUUCAAUCUCAGCAAAGACAAUGGGGAACCAUCUAUAAGACAAGUUAGCGUACUUGAUCGAAUACAGAUCUUUUAUGUGUUUCACUGUGAUGAUGGCUUGUUGCUAUGCUUCCUUAAGGAUUGCUCUAGGAUCUUGGUGUGGAAUCCUUACUUAGGUCAGAAGAGGUGGAUCGAACCCAGACACGGUAGUUUCCAUAGUUCAGACAGGUUUGCUCUCGGAUACGACAAGAGUCUUAACCACAAGAUCCUGAGGAUCUCCGACGAGAUUCAUCCAGUUACAAGCGAGAACGUUUUAGGGUUCGAACUCUACGAGUUUAGCUCGAGUUCCUGGAAGGUUCUUGGUGAUGUCAUUCCUCGCUGGGAGAGAUGCCUUCUUUCACGCGGCGUCUCUCUGAAAGGAAACACUUAUUUUCGUUCGAGUGUUUCUGGAGGUUACUUCCUCUGUUUUGAUUUCACAGCAGAAAGCAUUGGACCGCUUCUGCCUCUGCCGCCGUCUCAUUCUUACUUUGCGUUGCAUUAUCUGUCUUUAUCUUGCGUUAGAAGAGAAGAGCAGCAGCUCGCUGCGUUGUAUCAACAUUCGGAUACACGUGAGACGAUCGAGAUUAGCGUUACGGAUAAGAUUGGUCCUCAUGUUGUGUCUUGGACAAAGUUUCUGAAAGUGGUCACUGGCUGUUGGGUUAAUCCUUUUGGUGGGAGUUUUCUCGUUGAUGAGGAGAAGAAAAUUGCUUUGGUUUUCGUUCUGGAAACGGUCAGUGGAUGUUUCUACCAAACUGCUCACGUCUUCGGAGAAGAUGGAUACUUCAAAUCUGCGACUGCUGGCUUCCCUGAUGUUCCCAGUCGCAAAAGGAAGUUCAGAGCCCUUGGGAAAGGAGAUGUCUUCGUUCCUCCUCCUAGUGUGAAGAAGUGUGAGACACUGUGA